CAUAUGGACAGCAAAUAUCCAGAGAGUCCAGGCAAGCAACUUACAUUUUAUUAUGAAAAUGAAGUCUAUAAACAAGAUUACUUUAUUAAGUCACCACCUCCUCAACUUUUCUUCUCCGCAACCUCGUGGAAAAAGCGUUUUUUGGUCCUGUCAAAAAAUGGGGAAAAGGGCCUUACUCUUUCCUAUUACAAAGACCAUCACAAACGAGGUUCCCUUGAAAUUGAUCGAAAUGCCAGCGUCACCAUUGGUAUAAAUAGCCAGGAAAAGCUUCAGUCUGUGCAGAAGAUGUUUAAAUGCCACCCAGAAGAGGUGAUGUCCAUCAGAACGACUAACAGAGAUUACUUCCUCAUCAGCCAUGACAGGGAGAAGAUUAAAGACUGGGUCUCGUUCAUGUCAUCAUUUUGCCAUGGUGGACAAGUAGCUCACCAGAACACCAAGGAGGGACCCGCACUGGGUGAUAAGAGACCCACUUCCUACCCCGGCCCUCUCGUUGGUCCUUCCAGCAUGAUGGAGGCUGUGAGCCCCACCUCCCCACGGAACAGCCUUCCAGACAUGUAUUUAAUGGAAAAAAGUCCUCCAGGAUUCAAGCAGACUCAUCUUCCACAUGAUUUCUUGUCAGAGACCACUCAAGAUACAGGAGAGAGUCAUUAUCUUAGUCCUCGAAGUGUUCUCUUAGAGUUGGAUAAUGUUAUUGAUUCCAAUGAUUCUGGUGAAUCCAUUGAACCUGGUAGUGAAGACCAGGUCUCCAAGACAAUUGAGUGCCAUUACAUGUCUAUGAAAUCCCGUUUUUUCAAGGAUCCACUCAAUGCAUCUGCUGAGUGCCCAGAGGAGGCCCAGACCUUUCCAGAACCCCAGCACAGGGGGCUUCACCUGCAAGAACCAGACUCAGAAAGUGACCCGUGCCUGUCACCUGCCAAUCCAGAAACACCGACCACAGAUGAUAAGAAGGGGUCAACCUCACUAACUGUUGUGAAAUUGUCUAUAUUACUCAACAACAUCCCUGAUGACAGCCACUUGGAGAGGCUGAAUGUGUUCCUUUCUCCCCCAGAUGUCAUAAACUAUCUUGCUCUUGUUGAAGCCGCAGGACGGAUAUGUGUGGCCCGGUGGGAAGGUCCCCCGCACCUGGGAUGCUUAUUUUGCCAUGGAGAUCACGUCUUGGCUGUGAAUGACCUGAAGCCCCAAAGCCUGGAGGAGGUCUCCCUGUUUCUCACCAGGUCCAUACAGAGAGAGAAAAUCAAGCUCUCCAUUGGGCGGAUCCCAAAUUCAGAGAAAUUCCAUGCUGUGGCCUGUAGGUGCCUCUUAAAACACCAAGGCGUUGUGCUGGCCCAACGGGAGAAGUCUGAACUGCAGAGGGCGCCAAAGAGGAGCCCAGCCAUUAGAAAGGGCCAGCAGAAAGGGACAGGGGAGUAGCCGGCCACCACCACACUGCAGCAGAGGAUGGAGCCCUGGACUGUGCCAGCCCGGCCACUCGGCCUGGUGAUAUGAGACAAGCCAGCACACCUCUCUCAGUCGCUGCACCUGCACCUUACAGGGGAAUAACUGUCCCCUCUCUAACUGUCACAUCAGGAAUGUUGAGAGGGUCAAGAGGGAUAAUUACUAGGGAACACAGUGAAAAUGGAAUGCCUUGUUAUCUGAGACUGUCCCAAACACCACAAACACACACUGGGUAAGUCCCUCAUCUUCUUAGCACACACUGUGUUCUGUGAGGUCGUUGUCACACAAUUGCUUCUUUGUUCAGGAACAUCCAUUUGGAACCACUCAUUCCAGGAAGGCAAGAUUCCCCAGAGACAUGUGAGACCCUCUCAGCCUUCCCAAACACCUCCUGUGACUCAUCAUUCCCAGAGUCCAAAGCGUGGACAGAGGGGCCACUUGGAUUCAAUGCAUGUCUUGUUUGCUGAAAGACCCAGUCACAAUUUUAGAAGUCAAAGCAGUUUGGGGUUCAAUCCAGGAGUGACCUGCUUGCUCCACAAGGAAAAGGAGAACUGCUUAGCACUUGCAAUUUGCAAGCUCUUAGCUAAUUGGUGCAGUAACAAAUUGAUCCUGGGAGGCCAAAGGAAUCAAAUGCUUUUUCAUAAAUAGAAAAGCCAAGGCUGAGAGCUGAAGCACUCAUCAAGUCGGGGAACUGAGAGCGCAGGGGGUCUCGGGAAGUGAAUCUUACCAAGCUGACACUGCACAUGGAGGAAAUGAAGGCCCCCCACGGCGAGAGAUGUGCCUUCUCCACAGCCCCGAGGCUCACAGCUGCUUAGUGGCAGAACCAGCUAUCUACACCCAGCUCUGGAAAACAAAUAUCCUGACCUGUACUUUUGAUUUGGAUUAAGAUAAGAAAAGACCUUCAGUGCUUAGAAGAGACAUUCAAAUACAUUUCACUUUUUGAUGUCCCAAUUGUUCAGAAAGUAACGUUCUCAUUUAUAAGCCCUAUUUGACCUACUGUUUCUACUCCUAGAAAGGUAUCCUACAGAAAUGCACUCACAAAGAUAUCAGUAAAAAAUAGAAAGUUUAUUGUCACACUGUAGUAUUGCUUGUGAUAAUAAAAAAAUCACAUGGGGAUUGCUUAGUUAUGAUUUCAUGGAAGGUGUUCAAAAGGUUAGCAUGCGUAGUUAUGAAAAAGGUGCACAAAAUAUUAAGAAUCCAAGAAGUAAGUUGUAGCCAGGUGUGGUGGUGCACACUGGUAAUCCCAGUGACGCAGGAGGCUGAGGCAGGAGGAUGGCAGGUUCAAGGCCAAACUCAGCAACUUAGU